AUGAGAGUAAAUAACAAAAUCAUCACAGAUAAAACAAAAAUUGCCAACAUUCUGCAUAAUAACCAUACAGAUGCAAUAGAAAAACUAAAGCAUGAAUAUAAUAGUCAAGGAACUGAGCAAACUGCUAUGACAGAUAAGCGAAGCCAAUCUAUGUACCUGAAACCAGCGUCUGAAAAGGUACUGACAAAUGUUAUGAAAAAGCUGAAAACAACAAAGCCAACUGGACAUGAUGAAGUGUCAAACUACCUAAUCAAGCACAUGGCAGCAGAAAUAAUUACGCCAUUACUGGAUAUUGCCAACUGCUCUUUCCAGGAACGAGUAUUCCCAGAUAAACUCAAAUUAGUUAAAGUAGUACCUGUAUACAGAAAGGGAAAGCACGACGACCCUAACAACAACAGGGCAGUAUUUUCAGUAUCAGGCUUCUCCAAAAUAUUAGAAAUUCUCAUGCUAAACGGACUAACUGCUUUUUUGGUAAAACAUAAAGUAAUAAUUCCAGCACGGCAUGGAUAUCAGUAA